AUCAGACUUGCUAUUUCCCUGCUGCGCUAGCAUCGGUGCUCAGAGCUGAACGAACAGAAAAGCAGCUUGUUUAAUCGACUUUUUGCUUGUUUAUCGUCGCCGUUUUCCGUGGAGUAUUUUUGCCUUUAUAAUAGGUAUUACAAAUAAUGUCCAGGAGGCGACAUAGCGAUGAGAACGACGGAGGUCAAGCUCAUAAGAGGAGAAGAACAUCUGAGCCCAUUGAAAUUGAAGAUCGCCUGGAGUCGUUGAUAUGUCGCGUAGGAGAAAAAAGCACUUCUUCCCUCGAGAGCAACCUUGAGGGCCUCGCAGGUGUCCUGGAGGCUGACCUUCCCAACUACAAAAACAAAAUCCUGCGUAUUUUAUGUUCUGUCGCUCGCCUGCUGCCAGAGAAGCUCACCGUCUACACGACUUUAGUCGGUCUCCUCAAUGCCAGAAACUACAACUUUGGUGGCGAGUUUGUGGAGGCGAUGAUCAGGCAGCUGAAGGAGACUUUAAAAAACAACCUGUAUAAUGAAGCAGUUUACCUGGUACGCUUUCUGUCAGAUUUGGUUAACUGCCAUGUCAUCGCCGCUCCAUCUAUGGUGGUAAUGUUUGAAAAUUUUGUCAGUGUUACUCAAGAGGAAGAUGUGCCACAGGUUCGAUCGGACUGGUUUGUGUAUGUCGUUCUGUCCUGUCUUCCCUGGGUUGGGAAGGAACUUUAUGAGAAGAAGGAUGUUGAAAUGGACCGACUCCUCAGUCAGAUUGAAGGCUACCUCAAGAGGAGAGUGAAGACUCAUGUUCCCAUGCUGCAGGUGUGGACAGCAGAGAAACCCCAUCCACAAGAAGAGUAUCUGGACUGUCUGUGGGCCCAGAUCCAGAAGCUGAAGAAAGACCGCUGGCAGGAGCGCCACAUCCUUCGUCCAUACAUCGCUUUCGACAGCGUUCUCUGUGAGGCGCUGCAGCACAACCUGCCCCCGUUCACCCCGCCGGGGCACAUGCCUGACGCCCUGUACCCCAUCCCCCGGGUCAUUUUCCGCGUUUUCGACUACACCGACGCCCCAGAGGGUCCCGUUAUGCCGGGCAGCCAUUCUGUGGAGCGGUUUGUGAUUGAAGAAAACCUGCACUGUAUCAUCAAAACCCACUGGAAAGAGAGGAAAACAUGUGCUGCCCAGUUGCUCAGUUACCCUGGAAAAAACAAGAUCCCACUGAACUACCACAUCGUGGAGGUGAUCUUUGGAGAACUUUUCCAGCUGCCAUUACCGCCCCACAUCGACGUCAUGUACACUACGCUUCUCAUCGAGCUCUGCAAGCUGCAGCCAGGGUCACUCCCUCAAGUUCUGGCCCAGGCCACAGAGAUGCUUUACAUGAGGCUGGACACAAUGAACACCGCCUGCAUAGACAGAUUCAUCAACUGGUUUUCCCAUCAUUUGAGCAACUUCCAGUUUCGAUGGAGUUGGGAUGACUGGGCGGACUGUUUGACAAUGGAUUUAGAGAAACCAAAGCCCAAGUUUGUCAAAGAGGUUCUGGAGAAAUCGAUGAGACUUUCAUACCAUCAGAGGAUUGUGGACAUCGUCCCUCCAACUUUCUCCGCCCUCAUCCCUGCUGAGCCCAUCUUUUCUUUCAAAUACGGAGACGAGAGUGGCACCUCGUUGCCAGGUUACCCAGUUUCCAUUACAGUUUCCAACGCCAUAAAGAACCGAGCGUCCAACGAGGAAAUCCUCGCCAUCCUGAAAGAAGUCCCCAACCCAAACCAGGAGGAUGAUGAUGAUGAGGGUGAAAGCUUCAACCCACUGAAGAUUGAUGUGUUUCUUCAGACUCUUCUCCAUCUGGCAGCGAAGUCCUUCAGCCAUUCCUUCAGCGCGCUUGGCAAAUUCCACGAGAUCCUUAAAAACCUGACGGAAAGCGACGAUGGGAAACUGCACAUCCUGAAAGUGAUUUAUGAGGUGUGGAGGAACCACCCUCAGAUGAUCGCCGUGUUGGUGGAUAAAAUGAUUCGGACGCAGAUCGUGGAUUGUGCCGCUGUCGCUAACUGGCUCUUCUCUCAGGACAUGGCUCACGAGUUCACAAGACUUUUCACCUGGGAGAUUCUGCACUCAACCAUCCGAAAGAUGAAUAAACAUGUGCAGAAGAUCCAGAAGGAGCUGGAGGAAGCUAAAGAUAAGCUGGAGAAACAGCAGCACAAGAGGAGGGACAGCGGGGACGACGAGGACAUGGAGAAGAACAGUGAGGAGGACGAGGAGGGUCAGCUGGAGGAGCAGAUUGAGAGGUUGCAGGAAAAGGUGGAGUCGGCUCAGAGCGAGCAGAAAAACCUCUUCCUCGUCAUCUUCCAGCGCUUCAUCAUGCUGCUGACAGAGCAUCUGGUUCGCUGCGAGACGGGCAGCGUUGACAUCAGCACACCCUGGUAUAAAAACUGCAUCGAGCGGCUGCAGCAGGUCUUCCUCAUGCACCAUGGAACCAUCCAGCAGUAUAUGGGAACUCUGGAGAACCUGCUUUUCACCGCUGAGCUCGACCAUCACAUCCUGGCUGUCUACCAGCAGUUCUGCGCGCUGCAGCUCUGAGAGAAAACAACUAUCUGAGGAAAUUCUUUGUUCACGCUUAAUGUGACACAGUGAGGCAUUAGGAAUUGUCAGCUCUUGCAUCAAGAAUCUCUUCAGAUGUUUUUUUUUAUUUUUAUUUUUAUUUAUCCAUUUUGUGUUCUGUGCCAAUGUGGUCAGUCACAUGCAGCCAUAGCUGAAUACAUUUUUCAGAAUAUGAAUCCAGCUGUACUCAUUCAUUAGUUUACAGUAACGGUCCUUUUAUUUUGUUUUUCAUGCUCUUUGGGUUUAGUUGACUUUUAUCUCCUGCUUGUAUUCUUAUUGAAUGGAUAUUUUUUAAAACUACAUGAACUGUCUGGGUCCAGACAGAGUGGGAGAAACGUAUGCAGGAGAGAUGACCGAAUCCAGAGAAUGCUCUACUUUUUUAUAUUUGUCUUAUGUCAAAUUAGGAAGUAAAUAAAAUUCUCCAAAGUCUUUAUCCA